AUGGCUUCGCAACUGUUACCCCUCGGUAAGGGCAGAUUUACGCAUCGUGCCAAAUGGUUCAUUGUCUUGAUUACUGACGAUCUCAAACAAGAAUUAAUUGAUAAAUGUGUCGGCUCCAAGAUCUGGGUGGUCAUGAAAGGCGACAAAGAGUUUUCAGGCACUCUUCUCGGCUUCGAUGAUUACGUCAAUAUGGUUUUGGAAGACGUGACCGAGUUUGAUUAUGCCGGAAACCAAGAAAAGCUUCCCAAGAUCUUACUGAACGGUAACAAUGUUUGCAUGUUGAUUCCGGGCGGUGAAGGGCCGGUCUCUAGCUCAUAG